GUCACUUCCCCAACAAGGCGAUGCCGUCAGCCGGCACGUUGCCAUGGUUACAGGGAAUCCUCUGCAACGCCAACAACCCGUGUUUCAGGAGCCCGACGCCUGGAGAGAGUCCGGGGGUCGUGGGCAACUUCAACGACUCCAUAAUCUCCCGCUUGUUCUCCGACGCCAAGAAGAUUCUGCUCUACAGCCAGAACGACAAGAACCUGGAGGGCUUCAAAGAACUGGCCCACGCUCUGAAGGAGCUGCAGGAGAGCCGC